UUGCCACACGCGGGCACUGCACCGACAUGGUCAACACGAGCGUUUCCUCAUUUCUGUACUAGCGCGUCCGCAGCGAGCAGAGCUCCGGAGGAAAUACCGUCCGUCAAGCAGACACGACGCGGCUUCGUGACGGAUCUAUGCCAGGUGUGGACCCAAUGCUAAAUCCAGUAUGAGCGCUAUACAGUAACCCAUAGCUUUCCUUUGGACAUUGACUGACAGAGGACACUGAAGAGACAGAGAGAGAGACAGCAGCAUGGCUGUCUUCAAGCUGGAUAAUGUUGAAGACCUUUAUGAGAUCGGAAAUGUUUUGGGAAGUGGUCAUUUCGGGCAGGUGCGUGAGGUGCGGGAACGAGUCACUGGUGCUCUGUGGGCAGGGAAGUUCCUCAAGCUGAAGAAAGGGGCAGGAAGCAGGCUGGGCCUGGAGAGGAGGAGUGUGGAGAAGGAGGUGGAGAUCCUGCAGGGCCUUCAGCAUCAAAACAUCAUGGCUCUCAAAGAUGUUUUCGAGAGCAGGGCAGAGGUCGUCCUCAUCAUUGAGCUCAUAAAGGGUGGUGAGCUCUUUGAUUUCAUCGCUGAGAAAGAAAACCUCACAGAGACGGAAGCCAUUGAGUUCAUGAAGCAGAUUCUGGAAGGAGUCAGCUACAUGCACCAAAAAAACGUUGCCCAUUUUGACCUGAAGCCAGAAAAUAUCAUGCUGUCGGACAAACACGCUCCCCAUCCAGACAUCAAGAUCAUUGAUUUCGGCAUGGCUCAUCGCUUCAUUCAAGGAGAAGAGUAUAAGAGUUUAGGGGGAACCCCUCAGUAUAUUGGCCCUGAGAUUAUCAACUACGAGCCUCUCAGCACAGCAGCAGAUAUGUGGAGCAUUGGUGUCAUUACCUACAUUCUUUUGAGCGGCCUGUCACCGUUCCAAGGUGAAACAGAUGAAGAGACGCUGAGGAACAUCGUGGCAAUGAACUAUGAGUUCGAGCCUCACUACUUCAGCCAAACCACCAACAUGGCUAAAGAUUUCAUCCAGAAACUACUAGUUAAAGACCAGAGUGAAAGAAUGACAGCAGAAGACUGUCUCAUUCACCCCUGGAUUAAGCCUCUCAAUAGAACUCAAAUAGCCAAGAGAAACCGCUCGUCCAUUAACAUGAAGAACUUUAAGAAGUUCAAUGCAAGGAGGAAAUGGAAGAUGUCCUUUAACAUGGUUUCGGCUUGUAAUCGUUUUUUCCGAAUGCAGCUACUGUGCAAAGCCCGCGGUCCGGAGCAACAAGAGCUGAGGGACUGUGAGAGCGAUCAGGAGGACACCGGCACAAAACCCGCCUCUCUCUUACGCAGACGUCUUAGUAGCAGUUCAUAAAUCUUACCGGGAGAGGGAGAUCUCCCUUUAAUGAAGCAGCGGCGCUCAUUUAACCUGCAGUAGUUUGUUCUGACAACAGGGGGAGUCACGGGGCUGCCAUCCACAAGAUUUCUUUCCCCAUCCAAAGGCCUUGAACCUCAGUGCAUGCAAUUGCCCAAUCACCAGCUGCGUAUCCAGUUACAGUGGAUGACGACAUCUGAAAAAGGGAUGGGGGUCAGGAGAUCAUUGCGGGUUUUCUAUGCUAAUAUGCAAGCGUGUUCAUGGAGUUCUACCUCUGAUAGAAUGAGUGUGAUGCUUCUACCUGAAGUGCUGUUGACGGGAGGGUCAGGUGUCUUGAAGGAAGUUCCCACAACAUUACGUUUUACUCAAACUAAUAGGGUUUUUUCUGAUUUAUUUUAGUAGGACAUAUACAUGGGUUGGUAAGAUUGCCCAGAACGAGUUGAAUAUUAUCAAUAAUAUAUUAAACCCCUGUUUAUACUUCCAAAAAAUGCAUCGCUUUGUCAGUCAAACAUAUUUAGAUUUAAAAUAAGUAUCUAAAACAAUGCAGAUUAUUUAGAAAUACACUGAGUGGGCAGUCUUUCACAUUACACUACAAAUGCAACAUGGUCACACACAUUUCUAGACUACCUCUGAAUGUGGUUUGAGUGAAUCGAUCAUGAAACAUUUUGAACCCCAUUUAGUACUGACAGGUCUUAAAACCAGUUGUAAACGGGGUCAUAGCUUAACGUACUUCAAGGAAAACAAGCAAACCAAAUUAUAACGGAGCACUUUUGGGCUGAGUGCCUUAAAAUACAUAUUUUCUCAAAAACAUGGCAUAGACCAAUAGAUGUUCUGUCCUAAAUUAGACUACCAGAGGCCAAACCUUAUUUCCUUUAUUGAUUCCAUGAGAUUCAACCAGUCGCCUUUUACUCUGUAUUGCUGAAUAGUAGUUAAAAUAUUAAAGCGCAAGUUUAAUAUCAAUGGCAUCUUCGUUAUGGUCAUCUCUGAACAACAACGGUAUUCAUUUACGACAGAUAUGCACUGUUAUAACUGGUAUAAAUCAUGUUUGACAUGUAAAGCAGUUAACAGUUUUACAGCUUAUUGACUUUCCGCUUCGAGUUUAAUCAACAGAGAUUUCACGUGAAGAGCCUCUUUAAAUGUACUUGAAUGGUGUCAUGCAGUGUUGAGCUUUAUGAAACGCUGCUUGAGUUAUUCCAGACACUAAUUGUUGCCUUUAAUUUCAGAGUCUCAAGAAACUAUAAGUUAAACUGGUCUUUUUCAAAGGAUACCGGUCUUCCUUGUAGAUUUAAAAUCACUGUUCAGUUUGAGAAGUCUUCCAUUAUCUAGACAUUACAACAUUUUACCCUCUUACACUCUUGCCUAUAGAACUUGUAAUGUGAAUAUCGCACAAAUUAUAUUAUAUAUUGUUGUCAUGAUAUAUUUUGUAUACUAUACCUGACUUGCAAGAAUGUUACUGUGUCUUCUGUUAUGUAACAUUUGCCUGAGGGUUGCAAUUCCUGUAAUAUUAUUUAGGCCUAACAUCGGAAUUUAAUGUAUCAAAUAUGCCAACAGACCACUGUUUGUAUCAGUACCAUUUUAUUUUUUGUUUUUUUAUUAUGUUUAUUUAUGUUUUUUUUAAAUGCAGCAUGUCAGAUUAGUGAGUGAGAUUUCUUCUGAACGAGUAUGUAUCGAGUUUUCUUAUGCAGUAUUUGUGUCUUACUUUGCGUUUGUGUAUUUGUGAACGACGAUUUGGUGCGUGUUUGUUUUUUUAUAUAUAAUUUGAUACUAUUGUCUUAGUUAUUAAAAAGUUAAGCAAGUUUGUGCAUGCGGUUUUACAGUUUAAUGUGCGUCAUUGGUUUGUUUGAUACUGCUUAGUGUAAAUUAAAAGCAGACUGUCUUUUAA